GUUUUGAAUCAAUAUUGUAUUUAACACUUGAAAUUGAAAUAUUGUGAGAGUGUAAAAAGGAAACGCUGUUAUUGCUAUUAGUAUAUGAUAGAUAAUAUCGGCGUAAUACUUGAAUUAUACAUUUUUUAAGAUGGGUAUACGUGAUAUUGCAUGCACUGUAGUAUGUUGUCUUAGCAUUUUCCAAGAAGAAGUAGCCAGUCAGAGAGUCUACACAGUAAAUGAUACAACUACGUUACAAAAAGACAUGUUGGCUAAUUACGAUAAGAAACAAAGACCACAGUCACAAACAAACCUUUUGUUGGAAUUUGGACUGUUGCAUAUAUCUGAACUGGACAUUGUAACUCAACGUUUAUUCAGUAUGGGUUUUCUUUUAAUUGACUGGAAGGAUGACCGAUUGCAAUGGACACCUUCAAAUUACGGAAAUAUAACGGCUUCUAUGUUUAGACUUUCUGACAUAUGGAUCCCGCCAUUAGUUUUGAGUAAUGCAGCUGACGAACUAAAGAUACUAGGUGACAAUUCUGAUUUCGCAAGUUCUCCUGUAUAUGUGGCUUCAACAGGGGAUGUCGUAUGGAUGGCACCUGCCAGUUUUGUAGCACAAUGCACAGUCAACAUUAAAUACUAUCCAUUUGAUUCACAAAGCUGCAAGUUAGUGGUUUCAUCUUGGUUGUUUCUUGAAUUUAUGAUAGACCUUGGUGCAAUGUCACGAACCAUCAAUCUUGACAUUUAUGAGGAACACGGCGAAUGGGAAGUCACUGGGACAUCAGUAACAAACAGAACAAGAUCACUCAGUGGUUACCAGCUGCCAGCAAUAGAUUUCACUCUUGAACUGAAGAGAAAGUAUUCAUACUAUCUGUUGAACAUGCUCCUCCCAGUUAUCAUUCUUGCUACGAUGGCGCCAUUUGUUUUUAUUCUGCCGGUAGAAAGCGGAGAAAAGAUUGGCUUUGCUCUGACAAUUUUAUUGUCAUUGUCAGUUGUUAUGACAAUAGUUUCAGACAGUAUACCGCCGACAUCAACUCAUAUCUGCGUUCUGAGUGUAUAUUUAUUAAUGACAUUUAUUCUGUGUUCUGUACAAACACUGGUUACGGUGCUUGUAUGCAGAGUUCACGAGCUCCAUAAUAAGACUUACAUCAUGGGCACAACAUGCAAGAAAACUGUCCAACUUCUUGCUAAACUAACAAAAUACAGACGAAGACCCAGAGGUGAUGCCUUGUCCGAGGUAAAAGAUGUACAUGGUAUCAAAGAGACUCAAGUUGUCACCCAAGAGAAAAUUGACUUAUCAAAAAGUAAAGGCACCGCUUGGGCUGAAAAUGAAACUGAUAAACCAGAGGAUGAUAACUUAGACGAACAACUUGAAUACACAUAUGAAGACAUGGUGAUCAUGUCGGAGAAAUUCAACUUUUAUGCUUUUACUGUCUUGACCUUACUCACAACAAUUAUUUGUAUGAUCAUUUUGGAAACGAAUGGUGGGGAAUCAGUGAAAUAGCUAAACUAUAUUGUUGUACCCAAAUGAUAUUAAUUUGUAUACAUAUUGUGUUAACAAACACGGUCAUACCAUAACAAUUUCACAACAAGUCACGCGUUGUAUUCACCCUACAAGUAAGGGCUUCGUUGGCAGACCGUUUUAAAGACCUGUAAAAUUGGAGGUACGGCUUCAGAAAUUAAAAUGCAAUUAUGCCCAUAUAUUUUUCUUUUAGCUUUUAUGCUCAUUAGUGAUUUUUUUUUUAAGAAAGCAACGUAAUUCGAAAAAUAUCAUUAACCAGCUGAAUAAGUGUAAGAAAAUAUUCUGUUAUGAAUUUGGAAUAAUAUUGGAUAUAUCGUAAUAUCAAAAUACAGAAAUAGAGCCCCCGACAGUAUAUAACCUUGUCGGAGUGCACAGAUAUGCAUGAACGCCGGUCAGGCUUUAUAAUGGUGGCACACGCUGAUCACUUUCGGUUCCAGCAGGUUAAGGACGUGAUAUGUUUUAAGAGUGAUAUACUCGCAAUGUAUUGUGUAUUGAAUUCAAAAAAAUGUUAAUGUUUGAUUUUGCUUGCUUGAAAUUUCAAACACCCCUCCACUCAAUAUAAUUAAAAUUUGGUCAGAUAUCGAACUCCUUCAGGAAUUAUUUCCAGUAAAAUCGGUUAAAUGAAACAUUUCACAUUUCUGUUUGUUUAUUUAAUAUGAUAUAGAGACGUAUCUCAGUUAUUCUGCUGUCCAUCUUUACCUUUAUUACAAAAAGUGCAAGGCAAUCACCUAAAACACUUUGUAUAAUUAUCUUAAUAUAAGACGUAUCUCAUUUUCUGGUACAGGUAAUAGUGUUCCAUAUUAAUCGUCAUCAGUUAUGAAUGACAUAAAGCGUUGUCAUCAACUUAUUUAUACUAGGUCGUUUAAUCAAGAUAGUGAUGUCUGUUAACAGAAUAAGUAUUCCAUUGUGCUACACUGUAUUUCUAUAGCAAUGUCACACAGUAUGCACAAUAAGAACUGCUUCAAAAUACACGUUUUAUUUUAUCAUGCAUUUUCUACUAUCAAUGUAUAGUGAUGUUUCUUUGAAUAUCGUUCUUGUUAAUCAGUAUCUGCUAUUUAUUUUGACGGUUGAUCAUUCAAGAUGUUACUCUAAUACCAUUUAUAAGACGACAAAGGACUAGUAAUUAUUGAGCUUUUUAUCCUUUUCAUAUACAGAGUACACCUUAUUUGGCCGUAAAAAUCACAAAUUAAUAUAUCUUUAUACAAGUACUACCUAUAGUAGAUUUUAUUUAGAGCAUAGUUCUUUAUUUCCAAAUAUUAUGUGCCGAGCAAUAGCUCCAAACGUUGUAUUUAGGUCUCUUAUAACCAUCUCGUUCACAGCUUCCUCAUUCUUUCUGCUGUAAAGAUGAACGCCGUAAAGUUUUGACCAAUCAAAUACUAGUAAACGAAGUCCAUGUUUAAAUAUUGCAACACCAUACAGACUGUAAGGUCUUGAAAUUGUCUCAUUUUCAACGUGUAUUAAAUCUGUGAAAUUUGUAGCCAACAUGUAAGGGUAUCGCAUAGCACUAUAGGAGUAGGAAUCGUUUAUAUAGUGAUACUUAUAACCAUCAAGCCAUUUUUGCAUAAACGUGGAGUUUCGUUUUGCCAUAAUAUACGAAGAAUCAAGGUGAAAAUGUGGUC